AUGCCCUCUGCGCUUGCAAGCCAACUCGCCGCAUCUGCGUCGCUCAACGCGUCCCUCCUCCAGGACCGCUCAAAGAAACGCCAAACCGAAUCAUAUCUCUUCACUGGCCGUGAUGCUGCAAGCCACGACGUCGAUUCAGUGCACGCAAUUGCAGCCAGUGCAUUCUCGCACCUCUGCACACUUUCUCCCAUUUUCCUUUCUCAGGCGGUCAAGUAUGGCUCGGACGGGUCACCGAUAACCGUCGACUUCGAACAAACCUUGUUCUCGGACGCCGCGAAGAACAUGGAUCGCACUCUACAGACCAAGGAGGUGACCACCAACCUAGACAGGACUAUCAACGCAUUUUUGGUCCUUCUUGGCCCAUGGCUUAUGGAAGCGCCGACUAGCAAAGUGUUGGAGUGGCUAGUCAGAAGAUUCCGAAUAAAUGAGUUUAAUGUCGACGCCGUCCUGGCGCUGUUCUUGCCUUAUCACGAAUCACCCCACUUUGUCAAGAUGUUGUCGAUAUUGCACAUUCCACCAAUAUCAUGUUUUUCCUUCCUACUCGCAUUUAAAUCUGCUGCUAAGCCGUUGUCAAGGAGUGCGCUGGUAAAAGAAAUGGUCUCCAGUGUUGAGGUUGCACGUUUUACUGCAGAGCUUCUUCCGACGGCCGUCAAAUGCUCCUACUCUCAUCGCACGCUGCUGGCUUUCAAUGCUGCAACGAUGCACGACUACAUCUCCAGUGUACCCAGAUUAGAUGAUGGAAUGCUCGCGUUCAUCCUGCCUGCAUCAUUGACCCCGUUAGAGACAACACCCAGGGAUGUGAACAUAGUCCUCGGAAGCUUCGUCCUUCUUUGCGUCCUUUCUCAAAAAGUAAACCUGAAGCCAGCGGCCCUCAUUGCAAUCAUUAGUAUGAUGGUCACACAAGUUUGCAAAGUGCAGGAAAAGAACGGGGUAUCGACAACCCAAUUUAUCAAAGCUGCAAUCGCAAUAUGUUCACCUCAGGAUGAGCUUCCCGAAUUUCCCCUUAGUGCCAGCUGGGGGUGUUUAAAGAUGCCAGGUUUGAGCGAUGAACUACCCAAUGCGUUAAAGAUAGCGGGAGCUGAGAAGUUUGUCGUUCCCUUACUCCGGUCGCUACAAAGCCGAGUGUCUUCUUUGUUUUCUGCCGUGAUAAAUAGCACAGAUGUCCCCGUGACAGUGACGAAGGCAAUUGCUGCCUUGCUCGUCCGACUUGCUACGUCGGAUGGGAAUGCGGGUUCGACAGAAGCGAUCGCUUCCGCUGCACGGUCGUUACUCGCUCUCGUACACCAACGUAACUUUGAACUGCUUCGCGGUGUCACUGAGGACGUUAUCGCAGAUUGUAUUAGUCCCAGCGAUGAUAGUAAAAGCGACGCUCAAAAAGAGCGGAAGAAGCGCACCAACAAUCUUUUGGCUUCGUUCUCACUCCGCAGUCAACUUAACGUCAAUGAGGUCGUCGUCGCAUCCGCAGACAUGUCGAAAGACGUGCGAAUCGAUGCUGCGUCCAUUCAGUCUGCGUUACUCGGUCGGGUAUAUGAUCCACACCAUGGGGUGCUGCAAGCUCUCUAUGCCUCGGCCGAUCUAUUUCUUUCUACAGUAACACUGUCCACAACCCCCCAAAAAUUGCUGGACGCUAUUGUCUCACAGCUUCUGCUAACUCCUGCUCGCAGUGUUCUCCAUGCUCACACGGAGUUUUUGGCGGGUCCGUUUACAAAAGCAUAUCCGGAGGUGCUUGACUCGGUACAACAGGAUGCGUUGUUCCCGUUCUUACUGGCGUCGAAGGCCAAGUUCAAGACAUCUAGUGGAGUCUGGGGGGCGAUUAGCAAGUCGGGAGGCUUCCAGACUGGGUGGCUAAAAGGUUGUGUUGAUGUGUGGAAUCGGCUCUCUUUACUGGACGAGGGAUGCGAGAAAGAGGAUACGGACGAAUUUUCCGAAAAAAUAUGUGAAGUGAAUGUCGAGAAUAUUCUAGCUUCCAGUGAUCUAGAAAAGGACACUGAACAUCUGCUGUCCAAGCUAGAAGAUACCAUGCCACAUGGGCGUGCGCUCGCAUACUUGGUUUGCCGCGAGCUGUUGGUACGCAGUUCAGGCGAUCGGCAAAUCAUCCUUGCUAUUCGAAUUUUGCGUGCUAUGCGACUCAGUACGCUAGAUGACAUUGAUGACGCGCUGAAAGAAUCGAGCUUACAAGAGGCACAGGAUGCGCACCAAAUCACAGCGAAGGCUACCCUCAAGCCAGGAGGGCGUGGGACCAUUCUAGCCUUGCAGGCUUCAAUUUUGACUCUCUUUCCGGCUCUUUCUCUUCCGCAGAACUUUUCUGGUGGCUGGAUGCUAGUGUUGCCAUCUGACGUCUCCUCUGGCUUGGCCGGAGGUGACAACAGUCAACGAUAUGUCUUUCUCAUGCAUAGUCUAUACGUCCUUGCAUGCAGCUCUACGACUGAACCGACCUUGUUAUCCGCGUUGUUGCUACGGACUUUGUUCCUCAACUUCAGAGAAAAUUCUUUGGUGUUCUUGUUUGGGAUACUCCUCUCCACUUGGCCCUCCACGGACAGGGUGCGGACACAUGCUCUCCUCCACGUCCUUGCGUUCCUGCGUGGUCACAUCAAAACUGGUGUGGACUUUCAGACUGUGCUUCCGUCACUGCUUGCUAUCUUAAUGGACCAUCGUACCGAUAAGCGGGAUCGAGCACUGGUAUUGGAGAGCAUUUCUCUCCUGUCUUCUCCUGUCGAGAAAAAACAUAUCUACGGGGUGGACACUAUAUAUGGACAAGCUUCUUCUGAAUUGCAGUGUCUGGAUACGAAGGAUCUAGCUACCUACGUCAAAGCGAUGAUCGAGUUCCGCGAACAGCUCGUCCAAGAUGCCAACUUUAUCAAGGUGUUUCAUCAUCGUCACUUGCAGGGAUCUGGUUCAAAAUACAGACGUCGGGUUUCAUGCUUCCUACUCUCGCAUGUCGUCGCGCACCCAUUCCCGUUCGCCCGUGUGGGGUUGUUGCAAUCCAUGGAGGAUGUAUCCGACAGCACGAAAGCUUUCAUGCUUGUCCCUGCCGUGAAGUCGUUGACGCAAGAUCCCACUACUGUCUCACAGAUGUUCGGUCCACUGCUUGAUGAAUACACCUCGCUUGUCACGGCUGGUUUCCUGACAGUCACUCCAGCGAAUUUAAGCGACGAAGAGGGCAACGAAACCUGGCCCGUGUUUAUUGCAGUGUUGCGUAGUUUGUUCCGAUCCAAUGCAAAUACCAUUGCGCGCAGCUGCUUUGCUGCGGCUUUGGAAAAGCGCCUAUUUGCUAACCUCAGUCUGGAAAAACGUUCCGAGAUAUGUAUUGAGCUUUUGCACGCAAGUGCGCAGGGUGGUGAAAUCUUUCUGACAUCCAAGACUCUUGUUGGGAGGUUACUGCGAGACGCAGCCCUCAUUAUUCAUUUGCUGACAGUCUUCCAACCCUCCCAUGCUGAGGGCGGGGCCCCGGCUGGAAAACGGGCCAAAUUAGACAAUCCGCCUGAGACUGCAGAAUCCGAUAAGUUGCAACCGUUGACGAUUCUUGCGGAGGCGCUCGCAACGUCUGAUAUACCAGGCUCGAUCGCCUUGAUCUCUCACCUACUAGAGACCGUCAACAACGUUAUCCGUUCCGAUGUGUGGGGACCGUCUGAUACGAACUACCUUUGUCAAAUGUUGAUGGCAGGGAUCGAGAAGAGCGCAAGUAAACUUACGGAGCCACUUUCCCGCCCAAUACGCUUAGAAAUUCUAGUGGAGCUUAUCAGAGUCACCGACAAUUCUCAGACGUUCCACGAAGCACUCUUGUUGAUGGCCGACCUGGCCCGACUGGCUCCUAAAUCUGUUCUCCACAAUAUCAUGCCGAUCUUUACGUUCAUGGGAUCCAAUGUUUUCCACCGCGAUGACUCCUACAGUUUAAAAGUCAUUCAGAGUACCAUCAACAGUAUCGUCCCUGUUAUGGUCUCGUCUUUGAAAGAGAAGUAUUCAGUGGGAUUGGAACUCUACGUUGGUGCUCGGGAGUUCCUUCGCAUCUUCACUGAUGCAGCUCAUCAUGUACCUCGUCACCGAAGACAAAGUUUCUUCCUACACCUCGCAGAGGUCCUUGGACCCGAAGAAUUCCUUGCUCCUUUGUGCAUGCUCUUAGUUGACAAGGUAACCAACCGGGUAGUCAGACAGGCCCUGGAGGAAGCACAGACGACGCUGGCCCUUCCAAUAGCAUUAUUGCGCCAUUUUUCUCGGCCAUUGCAAAUAUAUGUUCUGUGCGAGGCGCUUCGGGAGUGCAUACGGCUUAUUUCGCGUCUAAACGCUCCAGAGGAAGAAAAAGCAACCUUCUUAGACUACAUCAAGGACGAGGAACAUUCUGUGUCAGCUUCGUCUGUCUUGCAGCGUCGUGUGCAGGUUCUUCUUGUAUUCUCAAGUACCGCUCUAGUACCGGGCAACCGCCGAGAACAGCAUCAGCUGCUAGAUGGCCAUAGCACUGACGAUCUUAUAGCGCUUCUAAUCGACCUAGCCACUCUCCAAGAUGGCGAACUACCCACGAUCACCUCUUCCCUCCAAGUGGCAAUCACUCGAGUGACUAACGCUAUUUCUGCUGCAGAAUUUUUGUCCGCAGUAGCAGUAAUACUGCGGUCCGCGGAACCAAAAGUGAACAUUGGAGUUCUCGACGUUCUCGCCGCAAGAAUCCCUCUUAUCAACGAGCUGGUCCGUCAGGAACAUAAGACCAAAAUGAUUGAAAUUAUCAACAAUAUCCACGAAAUUAUCAGCCACACACCGACCGGUCCACUUGCCGACGCUGCGCUAGGUGCUUUGAAGGCUAUCGUAUCCACCCACCAGGCUGGGGAGGUGGCCGCUUUACAGGUUACAUUACCUCAUAUCAUAAAGGUCGUCCGAGCAAAAACCUCCGUCUCUGCAGCUCUACCCGUCUUGCCUUGCUACAUCCCCUGCCUUGGCCCUCGCAUUAUUCCGUAUUUCAGAGAAAUUGUAGAAGUAUGUGUGUUGAUCCUUCAUGACGACCUACACGACAAAGACCGAUUUGCGUUAACUGGGGAGACAGCCCUUGCAACCCUACAGAGUCUCCUGACUACUCUUCCUACUUUCUAUGGAACCCAGGAACUCAGCCAAGUUGUUAAACUAUAUGUCAACUGCAACUCGCGUACUGCGACUCCGAAUAACCCACUUACUCCCCUUAUCAAAGCUAUUGCGAAACGGACUACACCGGGAGCUCUGAUGCAGGUACUGUACGAAUCAUGGGCAGACCUUGGCAAAGAACAGACGAAGGAAGACGUUCACGGCCUCAUUGGAUACUUCACUGUAUUUAAAUGGUCUCUCAAGGCUGCACCAAGAGCCAACGUCCUCGAACAUCUUCGCCAAAUCUUUAAGGUCUUCCUGGAAGCCUUUGAUGUUAGAUUGUCAUCUGGCGCUCAAGAGGUGGAGAGUUAUGCAACUUCUGCUUUUAUUGAACUUGUCGUCAAGUUGAACGAAAACGCUUUCCGGCCGCUAUUUCGUAAAUUGCACGAUUGGGCGUUCGUAGAUAACACCGGCACAACCCAGCGGAAAACGACCUUUUGUCACAUUUACAUUGCGCUGCUCGAGUAUUUCAAGGCCCUGAUGAAUCCGUACAUGGCUAUGCUCAUUCGGUCUCUGUCUGAAGCCCUCCAAACGUUUGGCACUCUUUCUGCGCCUUACUCGACGUCAGAUGCAGCAUUAUGGUCCGGAAUCAUGUUGACUCUUCGUAAAUCGUUUGAAAAUGACGACGGCGUCUUCUGGCGUGAAGACAAGGUCGCUGUUGUCUUGCCUCAUCUGCUUUCGCAGCUGCCAAUCUCAGUCAGUUUAUCCUCAGCACAUACUAGCGCAACUUCGGGCGAAAACCCUAAACACCUCUUGACUGCGUGCCUCGUCUCGCUGGUUUUUCUACUUCCUGCCAGUGCUGCAGAUUUACUGAAACGACUUAACCUUUCUCUACUCAUGCACACCCGUUCUGAGGAUGCUCGGCAACGGAUGUUGGCGCUUGAAUGUGCGAGCGAGAUAUGGAAGGCGGAGGGCGGGAAGUUAAUUGGGUUCCUCGCCGAGACUGCAACAUUUAUCAAUGAAUGUGCCGAAGACGAAAAUGAUAGCGUAGUACAAGAAGCUCACAAACUCAAAAACGCUGUAGAGAGUGUAGCUGGCAGCAUCAGUGACUUAUAGUCAUGGACUAGUACGA